CUUACGCACGAAGCAGAUACCGAUUGUCACUUCUGUAACCGAGUUUCAUAUUUGUUUCCAAUUGUAACCUCCCAGAAAACUUACAUCGAAAACCCGCUAGCGGAAGUUUGUGCGACUAUAUAAACACAUGAGUAGGGGGUUCGGAGCGCGGCGUUUGGGUGGUCUUGUUAGAGAAAAUACAAGGCUGCUUUUCUCCAGUAAAGCCGUUUCGAUUCUACGUCUCCUCACACAAGAACACAGGACCAUUCUCUUGUCCAGGAGUGCCUCGUCAAUUUUGGGGGGUUUGGCUGUCGUCAAUUUUGGGGGGUUUGGCUGUCGGCAAUUUUGUUGUCGUUUCGCUGGGGCAGCUUCACACGACUUGUCCAAGUCGUUUGUUUGUUUAUUUGUAAUAUGGCUCAGCAUGGAAAUCCUGUGGCCAGUUCCCAGAAAGCACUCAUGCUGGAGAUGAAAAGUCUCCAGGACGAGCCCGUGGAAGGCUUCAAAAUCACUCUGGUGAACGAGUCGGACAUGUACAACUGGGAAGUGGCGAUAUUUGGUCCGCCCAAUACGCACUACGAGGGCGGUUAUUUUAAGGCCCUGCUCAAAUUCCCCGUGGACUACCCCUACUCGCCGCCGUCUUUCCGCUUCCUCACCAAAAUGUGGCAUCCCAACAUUUACGAGAACGGCGAAGUGUGCAUUUCGAUCCUGCACCCGCCGGUGGACGACCCUCAUAGCGGCGAGCUGCCUUCAGAGCGGUGGAACCCCACGCAGAAUGUCAGGACCAUCCUGCUCAGCGUCAUCUCCCUGCUCAACGAGCCCAACACCUUCUCACCCGCCAACGUGGAUGCCUCCGUCAUGUACCGCAGGUGGAGGGAAAGCAAGGGUGAGGACCAGGAGUACAUUGAGAUCAUCAGGAAGCAGGUGCAGGCCACCAAAAGCGAAGCGGACCUGGACGGCGUCAAGGUUCCCGUCACACUGGAGGAGUACUGCAUUCGCACCAAAGUCCCGCCCACGGACGACGGCUCCAACCUGCUUUACGACGACGACUUUGACAAUAACUUGGACGAAAACGGCAUGGAGUACAGGAACUUCACGGACGACGGCUCCAAUCUGCUUUACGACGAUGACGACUUUGAUUAUAACUCUGCCGACGAAGGCGUGGCGGACAGAUACCAGGACAUUCGCUAUAACUCACACGAUAACCUCACAGAAUAUGAAUUUGAUUAUUGAGGUCAUUCUCUUUCCUUUUGUUUUGGGGAUGCAUCAGUGGAGCUCAAAUCAUUUUCACUUUUUUUGUCAGUCUGCCAUAUCAAGUGAAACACAAACUAUGCGUUACUAGCCAAAUGUAAUUGUGUGUCAGAAGCCCUGUCGUGUUUUGGAGCAAAAUUAACAGUGUCUGCUAUUUAAUGUGUUAAUUCAAAUAGCCUAAAAAAUACAAUUUUAGUAACUUGGGGGGGGGGGGGGGGGGAAACAUCAUUCUGGCUAACUUUCAAUCUUGCUGGACCUUUAUAAUCUACCCGGAUAUUCACGCGGAUAGUUUUAUUUUUUUCUUAGUUUGUGUACUUAAAAACAAAUAAAGAUCUUUAUUAAGGUUCA